AAAGGGGAUAAGAAGAUAGAAAAAUUAAGGUGAUGCUGACAGGAAAGUCCAACCAAGCUAGCACCCUCUGAAGAGAGAUGUGAAAGCUGCAGGAGGACCAAACAGCUUUCAAACCUCCAGUAGACAUGACAACAGAAGCAUCCAUUCCAGCCAGUGCCAAAACCGGUGUGGGUGCCCCCACUCGUCGAGACUUCUUUUGGCUGCGCUCCUUGGUGGCCGGAGGUAUUGCAGGAUGUUGUGCAAAGUCAACAAUUGCCCCUCUGGAUCGAGUGAAAAUUUUACUACAAGCUCACAACCGGCAUUACAAACACCUUGGAGUGUUUUCUACUCUACGUGCUGUCCCAAAGAAAGAAGGCUUCCUUGGCCUGUAUAAAGGUAACGGAGCAAUGAUGGUCAGGAUCUUUCCUUACGGUGCUAUUCAGUUCACUGCGUUUGACCGAUACAGAAAGCUCUUGAUAGCCAAACUUGGUAUCUCUGGGCACAUCCACCGAUUAAUGGCUGGAUCCAUGGCAGGGAUGACUGCAGUGAUAUGUACUUAUCCACUUGACAUGAUUCGAGCCCGUCUGGCCUUCCAGGUGAAGGGCGAGCACAGGUAUGCUGGAAUCAUUGAUGCUUUCAGGGUCAUUUAUACACAGGAAGGAGGACUUCGAGGGUUUUACAGAGGUCUGACUCCAACUAUUAUUGGCAUGGCUCCUUACGCAGGAAUUUCGUUCUUCACUUUUGGCACUUUGAAAAGUAUUGGCCUCAGUCAGGCUCCUGGUGUUCUUGGAAGGCCUUCGUCUGACAAUCCGAAUGUUCUGGUUUUAAAAACCCACGUGAACUUGCUAUGUGGUGGAAUAGCAGGCGCAUUUGCUCAAACAGUAUCAUAUCCUCUAGAUGUGGCUCGGAGGCGAAUGCAGCUAGGCUCCAUUCUGACUGAAGCUGAUAAAUGUGUAUCGAUGUGCAAAACUCUGAAAUAUGUCUAUAAGGUGCAUGGCAUACAGAAGGGCCUCUACCGGGGACUCACGCUCAAUUACAUUCGCUGUAUCCCAUCUCAAGCAGUGGCAUUUACCACCUAUGAACUGAUGAGACAAGUUCUUCAUCUGAACUGAGGGCAUUUCAGGCUGUUUCCAGGACUAUCAAAUUCAUAAUUGUGAUCUUGUGACUGUCAACCAGAAGAACAUUUCCACAGUAGAGACUCUGAUGUGAGAACUGCUGGGCACUAAACUGUUAUUUAUUUAAUUGAGUAAUUAAUUGUGAUUAAGAUUGAAAGUCAGCAUCAGUGUUCUGUGUUUUCAGAUUUGUGAAAAUUAUUGCCGUCCUAUGCCAUCCUUGCAUUUCACUAGGCUUGGUACUCAAUUUCAGCUUCUAUACCCCAGUUCUGAAGAGAGAGAGAGAGAGAGAUGAGGUUAAUAUAGAGUCAUAGAAUCAUAGAGAUGUACAGCAUGGAAACAGACCCUUCGGUCCAACCCUCCAUGCUGACCAGAUAUCCCAACCUAAUCUAGUCCCACCUGCCACACCCAGCCCAUAUCUCUCCAAACCCUUCCUAUUCAUAUACCCAUCCAGAUGCCUUUAAAUAUUGCAGUUGUACUAGCCUCCACCACUUCCUCUGGCAAGUCAUUCCAUAUAUGCACCACCCUCUGCGUGAAAAAGUUGCCCCUUAGGUCUCUUUUAUACCUUUCCCCCUCAACCUAAACCUAUGCCCUCUAGUUCUGGACUCCUCAACCCCAGGGAAAAGACCUUGUCCAAUGUACGACAGUUACCAUUGUCAGUUUUCCAAUACAUUAUGUAUGAAUGUUUUAUUCUCAAUCUGUUAAUAUUCCAUUACACAAAUAUAACAAAUAUGAGGUUUAUUUUGCACACUCAAUCAUAUAUUUGAUGAAAGUUCAUUUUUAAAUACUGUAAAACUUGUAA